CCCCGCCGCGAGCAAAACACCGCCCCUUGCCCGCUGCCAAGAUGGGAUGGGUGGCUUGCCUGUGAUAUCCUGGGCGACGGCGCCUCUAAGCAUGUGUAGAGAGCGUCGCAGAUAUGGCUGAAGAGGAGCUGGACUUGCUGUUGGACGGGAAGGGCUGGCCUGUCCUGGAGGAGUACGAUGGCGGGCCCCCGCCGCCAGUCCAGCCCGUCCGUCUGCGGAGGAAUACCUGCUACGUCGUGAUGGCGGUGCUGCUGAACCAGAAGAACGAAGUGCUGGUGAUGCAGGAGGCGAAGCUGGAGUGCCACGGGAUGUGGUACUUGCCCGCGGGGCGGAUGGAGCCCCGAGAGACCAUCGUGGAGGCCAUGCAGCGGGAGGUGAAGGAGGAGACGGGCUUGGAGUGCCAGCCGCUCACCCUGCUGGCCGUCGAGGAGCGGGGCCCCACCUGGCUGCGCUUUGUUUUCCUGGCAAGACCCACCGGUGGCACCCUGAAAAGCCUGCAGGAAGCAGAUGAAGAAUCACUGCAGGCCCAGUGGUGGGACCAGAAGUCACCUGCUCUGCAGUUACGAUCUCGGGAUAUUGUGCCCUUAAUGGAUCUUGCUCUGCAGUACCAAGCCAACUCAAGUCACCCCCCUACGCUGCCUGCAGAACUGCCUUGUGCUGUGAUCUGUCAGCGGUUCCUGGCCGUUUUUACUGACAAUAAUGGUGCUGUGUGGGUGCUCCUGAGCACAGCAAGGGCUCCACACUUGCCUGUAGUUGUGAGUAAUAUGUCUCGAUCAGCGAUGGGAGGUGGACUUCUGGUGGCCAUUCAUCAGCUGCUCCAGAUGCACCUGCCAUCCCCGACUGUGGACAUACGAGUCCGGGGCUUGCUUGGGCUACAGCACCUAGGCAAGGAGCCAGGCCAAUGCGAUGGCAUCUGCUUCAACACAGUAGUGACAAUUGGAGACCAGUGCUCAAAGGAGAAACCUCCAGAAUUGCAGAGCAGGGCCUUCCACUGGUGGAAGGUUGAGGACGAGGACUUGAAGAUCAGAGUCCUUCAGAGGCUCAACGCAGCAUCCUUCAUCCCUAUCCACAGCUAGGUCCCCUAUUUACUGGUUACAGGGAUGGAACAGCUUGCAAUAUGAUGGUGUUUGGCUCCCUGGGGCUGGGAAUAUGCAUAUCCCCAACAGCCAAACUGUUAUGUCUUGUAAAGCUGCAGUCUGCAAUGAAAGAGCUAGUUUUCAAACCAGAAAAGCCCUUGGCAUGGCCAAGAUGCACAUGCAGCUUGAUGUCGGGCAGGUGCUUUGGUGAAGUGUAGAAUGGAAACAGGAGACUAGCAGCUGCCUAAAGUACCAUUGAUGGUAACACAGCAUUUCUGCUUUUGUAUGGACUUGCAUAACAUCUGUCUAAAUAUCAGGAAUUUACCGGUGUUAACUUUAUCACUUGAGGAAUACUAGGCUGUCACUGAAUCCCUGCCUGCUCUGCAUGGGAGGCUGAAAUCUGCCAGUUUCUAACAUCUGAGGAACAUAUCUUUUUUUCUAAUGUAUUCACAGCAUGGCUUUUGCAAUAUUAGAGAGUUGCUUCUGCAUCCUUGACACUGUUGCAAAAGACCAAAAAGAACCUGAUGCUCAGUGCUGGUUUUUGUUUUGUUUUGUUUUGCUGGGACCUCUUAUCCUGGAUUCUCAGCCGUACUCCACAGAAUUCAACACGGCAAUACCUAUGGCUUUGUACAAAACCAAUAAAAGCCCACUGUCCUCCA